AUGGCUAUUGGGAUCUUAACGAGAGUCGAGGAUAUGCUUGAGAGUUUGUGGUUUGGCAACUCUUUAACAUACCCUCUCGACGAACUUCUCGAGGCAUAUACUCUGAGGAUGUCUAGGUUUGAUACUGAAGCCUAUGCAAUAGGAUCGUGCAGAGAGCCUCAUAUAGGGUCUCUCGGAAAUAACAAUAACACCGGCACCAAUUCCUCGGAAGGAGAUCUUGAAGCCGACGUAUAUUCCAUAUUUUCGAGUGUCAAUGCGAAAUUGUAA